AUGACUAUCGAAUAUUUUUUAUCUUCCCUAUGCGAAGAUUUCUCUCGAUUAUUGGAGUGUUCGGAUGAUUACAAUGUGAAAAUUAAAGUGGGCCAAGAACCCGAUUAUCGAGUUUUUGAUGCACAUUCGGUGAUAUUAAGGGCGAGGUCAAGUUAUUUUCGUGCCGCGUUAUCAAAAGAUUGGGCGAAAAGUGAAGGAGACAAAUUGGUUUUGUUGAAACCGAAUAUUUCACCAAAGAUUUUUGAAGUUGCUUUAAGGUUUAUAUAUACAGGUGGGUUAGCGUGGGAUACUUUAAAGAGUGCCGAAGAUCUUCUCGAUUUAUUGGUGGCAGCUGACGAGAUGGGACUAACAGAACUUUUAUCACGCGUGGAAACACAUUUACUUUAUCAAAGAUCCGAAUGGCUAAAGAAAAAUUUCGUGCUUGUUCAUCGAACAGUAUUCAAAACGGAAUCUUUCAGAAACUUGCAACAAUUUUGUCUAGAAAAAAUCAGUCAUGAUCCACAGAACACGCUUCGUACUAUUCUAAUUCCCGGGUCAAAACCAACAAUCGGCCCAUUUCUUCCUUCACGUGGAGAAAUUCAAUCAACACUGAUUAAUAUACAACACGCUAGCAUAAUUUCAAGUUGGAUAGAUCGUCGUGAUCCUUUACAUUACUACACUCCCGCCGACUCGCCAUACAAAUUCACAACAUUACUUCGAGGAACACGCGAUGGAUUCUCCCCAAAAAUAUUUAGAGAACGAUGCAACAAUCAAGGCUCGACUGUCGUAGUUCUCAAGAUACAUGGCAAACCUCAAUUAAUUGGUGGCUAUAAUCCAAUUCAUUGGGGAUACACGGAUAAAGGAUGGGUCAAUACAACACAAAGUUUUCUGUUUUCGCUUGGUGAUGGCAUUAAUCUGGCGCACUUGACAUUGAGUCGCGUGCAGAAUGCCGAAUGUGCUAUUUGGGAGAACCAUUAUCGUGGUCCAAAAUUUGGCUAUUUGGAUUUAGUGAUGGGUUUGAGUGGACAUUCAUUCAAUGAACCGGGAAGCUGUCAGUGCCAACGACGACAAUAUGAAAAGAGUAUUGUCGAUUCGUUGGAAUUAUUUCACGCUGAUGAGUAUGAAGUAUUUCAAGUUAUUUCGAAAGGUUAA